GGAGAAUUUGUUGCCACAGUUCCAUCAAUUAAUAUUUAUAGAAGUUUAACAACUUCAAGAAAAUCUUAAAUGCAUAUAGAUUCAUACUAUAAUUUUGUUCUUCCUCGUGAUACCACCUUAAGCUCACUCUAGCUCUUUGGCUAGUAACUGCUUCAGUCUUCAGAAUCCAAAGCAAUACUUGUUCUCAUCCUCUUCUGUCUUUGCUCAUUAUCCAGCUGCAAAAUAAAGAUGUUUUCUGUAAAGGUCAAGGAGGGGGAGGAAGGUCGCGACGGGCAGCCAUCAGUGGGCCCCGUAUACCGAAACCUCUUGGCUAAGGAUGAAUUUCCUCCUACUAAUCCCGACUUAUCUACUGCUUGGGAACUCUUAAAAAAUUCUGUAGAGAAGCAUCCAAAAAAUAAAAUGUUGGGGUGGCGAGAGCUCGUGAAGGGAAAGUGGAGUCCAUAUUUCUGGAAAACCUACAGCGAAGUGUUUGAAGAAAUUCUGCAGGCUGGUUCUGCAUUGCGAGCUCAUGGUGUUCAACCUGGUGCUCGUAUUGGAAUUUAUGGAUCCAAUUGCCCUCAGUGGAUUGUGGCAAUGGAGGCCUGCAGUGCUCAGAACCUUAUUUGCGUUCCACUCUAUGACACCCUUGGAUCUGGGGCUGUUGAUUAUAUAAUAGGACAUGCUGAGGUUGAUGUAGUUUUUGUCCAAGACAAGAAAGUGAAAGAACUGUUUAGUGAUGAAUGUACUCACUUGAAACGGCUUAAAGUUGUUGUUUGUCUCACUUCGCUAACAUUAAAAGAUAAGGAUAUGGCUGUCUCCAUGGGUAUCAAGCCAUACUCUUGGAAUGAGUUUCUUGAACUGGGUAAGAAGUUUUCAACAGAGGUUACACCACCACAGCCAUAUCAUAUUUGCACAAUAAUGUACACUAGUGGAACUAGUGGAGAGCCAAAAGGUGUUAUUUUGACCCAUGAAAAUAUUGCAUCAGCUGCCAGAGGGUUGGAUCUUUUUAUGGACCAGUUUGAAGAUAAGAUGACGGUUGAUGAUGUGUACAUAUCAUUCCUACCUCUUGCCCAUAUCCUUGAUCGCAUGAUUGAAGAGUACUUCUUCUUCAAAGGCGCUUCCGUUGGCUACUACCAUGGGAAUAUCAAUGAGAUAAAAGAUGACUUGGCCGAGUUGAAGCCCACCUUUUUGGCUGGAGUACCUCGAGUUUAUGAAAGAAUUCAUGAAGGUGUCCUGAAAGCACUUGAUGAACUCAAUCCAUUUAGGAGGGCAGUUUUCAAUCUUCUUUACAACUACAAACUCAAAUGGAUGAAGUUAGGAUUCAAGCAUAGAGCUGCGGCGCGCCUGGCUGAUUUACUUGCUUUUAGAAAGGUAAAGGCAAGGCUAGGUGGCAGACUUCGUCUAAUAGUUUCGGGUGGUGCAGCACUAGGUAGUGAGAUUGAAGAGUUCUUGAGAGUAACCUCUUGUGCAUUUGUGGUACAAGGAUAUGGACUAACUGAAACUUGUGGGUUGAGCACAAUAUGCUACCCAGAUGAAAUGAGCAUGAUCGGAACAGUUGGAUCCCCAUUUGUAUACACAGAAGUGCGUCUCGAGGAGGUUUCUGAAAUGGGUUACAACCCGCUUGGAAACCCCCCACGAGGAGAGAUAUGUGUCAAGGGAAAAACUAAUUUUGCAGGAUAUUACAAGAAUCCAGAAUUGACAAGAGAAGUCUGUAAAGAUGGGUGGUUCCAUACAGGUGAUAUUGGAGAACUGUUGCCUAACGGAGUUAUAAAAAUCAUUGAUAGAAAGAAAAAUCUUAUCAAGCUCUCUCAAGGAGAAUAUGUCGCGGUCGAGUAUCUAGAGAAGAUUUAUGGUAUAGCACCUAUUAUUGAAGAUAUAUGGGUGUAUGGGGACAGUUUCAAGUCUAUGUUGGUUGCAGUGGUCGUUCCCCAUCAAGAGAACACCUCCAAAUGGGCACAUCAAAAUGGCCAUUUUGGUACUUUUGAAGAACUAUGUUCUCUUGACAAAUUGAAAAAUUAUGUCCUUGUUGAGUUGAAGGCUGUAGCAGAGAGGAAUAAGUUGAGGGGUUUUGAGCACAUAAGAGGUGUCAUUCUUGAGCCACAACUCUUUGAACUGGGAAAUGACUUGGUCACUGCAACGCUGAAGAAAAGAAGAGAUAAAUUGUUCAAACAUUACGAGGAAGAAAUCUCGAGUCUUUAUGGAACACUCACUCGUGCACCUAAGCAUUAAGUGUUGGUUAUAUCAUCAAGUGUUGCUGAUGUUGAUCUUGUUGCCUCUCUAUUUAUCAGCUCUCUUAGUCGCAAUUACACUCUACAUCACCCAUAUGUCAUUUUUACCAAUUUGUUCUCUCUUUGUGCCGCAGUAAAGCAAUAUCUUGUUUUUUUUUUUGUAAUUCUGACACUCGAAAUAAAUAUGGCUCAAAAUCAAAUUAAAUAUUCAUGUUGUUUUACAUGCAUCCAGUAAAUAAAG